AUGGAUACAUUCGAAUCAAAAUUUUCCGGAGUCUUAAAUAGUCCCCCGACCGGAUCUCUGGGGGGGACUGACUUGAAUGUUUCAGAAGAAAGACUAAACUUACGUACAACUUUAAAAAUUGGAACUUGGAAUACCCAAAGCCUUUUCGAAGCUGGGAAAUUGGCAAAUCUCGUACAGGAAAUGAGCAGACUCAGGAUAGAUAUUCUAGGAGUUGCAGAAACUUGGUGGCCCGACUCUGGAAUAUGUCCCGUCGAAAAUGGUGUCUUCUAUUAUUCAAGAAACCAGGACAGAAAUCACAGAAAAGGGGUAGGAAUCAUAAUAUCCAAAAACCUGAUAAAAUAUGUGGUAGACUUCGUCCCUUACCCCGAUCGUACUGCUUUAAUAAAAUUUAGAGCUAAACCUGUCGACCUAAAUAUAAUUCAGCUGUAUGCAUCAACAGCCGACUCAAAUGACCAAGACAUAGAAGAGUUUUACAGUGAUGUGAAGGGUCUUCUAAAAUCAACUAAAAAACAAGAAGUUAAUAUAGUCAUGGGCGACCUAAAUGCGAAGAUUCUGUCAAGAAGAACAUAUGACAGUAACCAACACAUGGUUCCAACAUCACCCUCGCCGCCUAUAUACCUGGAAAUCACCAAGAGACCAACCAGGGAACGUUACCCGUAA